AUGGCAACAUCUAAUCCAAGUAAUUCACAACAACAAAAUGGUAUAUCGGAAAAGGCUGCUCAACAAUUUCUUUCCACUGCUGAUGAUUACUUUCGUUCAGAAAUAAAAUUGGUAGCUAGUGAUUAUAAUUGUUUGACUCAAAUGAAUGAGACUGCACUGGAUAAAUAUAAUCAAAUGCGUCGAAAAUUAGAACAUGUCAAUGGUUCAAUCCGAACAAUGAAUGAUUCGAAUUGUACAAAAAUGUUGUCAACGCGUAGUCAAUUGAAUGAAAUCGAAGAUGCAAUGUCGAAUUUAGAAUCGACUAUAAUGCAUUUAGAUGCAUAUUCACGUUCACUAGAAACACAAGUGAAAAAAUUUGAAAAAACAUCUUUAGCAACGCGAACUUCACCAUCAAUAAAAGACUAA